AUGCAGGAGAUGAUGCUCACCUGGUUUCUCUCUCUGGGUCUUGCAGCCCCCCCCACCGUGCGGAUCGUGCACUCGGGCCUGGCCUGCAACAUCGAGGAGGAACGCUACUCGGAGAGGGUCUACACCAUCCGUGAGGGCGAGACACUGGAGCUGACCUGCCUGGUCACCGGCCAUCCUCGGCCACAGAUCAGGUGGACCAAAACAGCAGGAAGUGCCUCUGACAGAUUUCAAGAUUCGAGUGUCUUCAAUGAAACCCUGAGGAUAUCCAACAUCCAGCGACACCAAGGGGGACGCUACUACUGCAAAGCUGAGAACGGCUUGGGUUCGCCAGCCAUAAAGUCCAUACGAGUGGACGUGUACUAUUUGGAUGAUCCAAUCGUGACAGUCCACCAGAGCAUCGGGGAGGCAAAAGAGCAGUUUUACUAUGAGAGAACGGUGUUUCUCAGGUGCGUGGCCAACUCCAACCCGCCCGUGCGGUACAGCUGGCGGCGCGGCCAGGAGGUCUUGCUGCAAGGGUCUGACAAAGGAGUGGAGAUCUACGAGCCCUUCUUUACCCAGGGAGAAACGAAGAUCCUGAAGCUCAAGAACCUCCGACCUCAGGACUACGCGAAUUACAGCUGCAUCGCCUCGGUGAGGAAUGUCUGCAGCAUCCCUGACAAGAUGGUGUCCUUCCGACUCUCUAAUAAAACAGCAUCCCCUUCAAUUAAGCUUCUCGUGGAUGACCCGAUAGUGGUGAACCCUGGAGAAGCGAUCACCUUAGUCUGUGUGACGACAGGAGGGGAGCCAGCCCCCAGCCUGACGUGGGUGAGGUCUGCCGGUGUCCUGCCCGAGAAGACGGUCCUGAAUGGCGGCACUUUAACCAUACCUGCCAUCACGUCUGAAGAUGCUGGCACGUACAGUUGCAUCGCCAAUAACAAUGUUGGGAACCCUGCAAAAAAGUCCACCAACAUCAUCGUAAGAGCCUUAAAAAAAGGACGAUUUUGGAUCACCCCGGACCCAUAUCACAAAGACGACAACAUCCAGAUUGGGCGAGAGGUGAAAAUCUCCUGCCAGGUGGAAGCCAUCCCCUCAGAAGAGCUGACCUUCAGCUGGUUUAAAAACGGACGUCCCUUGAGAAGCUCUGAAAGGAUGGUCAUCACACAGACUGACCCCGACGUUUCACCUGGCACCACAAACCUGGACAUUAUUGACUUGAAAUUCACUGACUUUGGGACAUACACGUGUGUGGCGUCUCUGAAGGGAGGUGGAAUAUCGGACAUCAGCAUCGAUGUCAACAUCUCCAGUAGUACAGUCCCACCCAAUUUGACUGUUCCUCAAGAAAAGUCCCCCCUGGUGACCCGGGAAGGGGACACCAUCGAGCUGCAGUGCCAGGUGACGGGGAAACCCAAGCCCAUCAUCCUCUGGUCCCGGGCGGACAAGGAGGUGGUGAUGCCCGAUGGGGCCAUGCAGACAGAGAGCUACGAUGGGAUCCUGAGGAUAGUGAACGUCUCCAGGGAGAUGACAGGAACCUACAGGUGCCAGACCAGCCAGUACAACGGGUUUAAUGUGAAACCCAGAGAAGCUUUGGUACAGCUCAUCGUACAGUACCCCCCUGCUGUGGAGCCCACCUUCCUGGAGAUUCGGCAAGGCCAAGGCCGGAGCAUCACCAUGAGCUGCCGGGUUCUGAGGGCAUACCCCACCCGGGUCCUCACCUACGAGUGGCGUUUGGGCAGCAAACUGCUGCGCACCGGCCAGUUUGACCUGCAGGACUCCACCGAGUAUACCGUCAGCAGCCUCUCCCGUGACAGCUAUGGCAUCUACAACUGCAACAUCAUCAAUGAAGCGGGCGCCGGGAGGUGCAGCUUCCUCGUGACAGGCAAAGCCUAUGCUCCUGAGUUCUACUAUGACACCUAUAACCCCCUGUGGCAGAACAGACCCCGUGUCUACUCCUACAGUCUGCAGUGGACCCAGAUGAACCCCGACGCUGUGGACCGCAUCCUUGCCUACCGCUUAGGGAUUAGGCAGGCUGGACAACAGCGUUGGUGGGAGCAGGAAAUUACAGUGAAUGGAAAUAUUCAAAAGGGAGAAUUAAUUACCUACAACCUAACUGAGCUGAUCAAGCCAGAGGCGUAUGAAGUCCGUCUAACGCCCAUCACCAGAUUUGGGGAGGGGGACUCAACUAUUCGGGUCAUCAAGUAUAGUGCUCCAGUGAAUCCACAUCUACGAGAGUUCCACUGUGGGUUUGAGGACGGUAACAUUUGCCUUUUCACCCAAGAUGACACGGACAAUUUUGACUGGACAAAGCAAAGCACUGCCACCAGAGACACAAAAUACACCCCCAACACGGGGCCCAACGCGGAUCGGACUGGCUCCAAGGAAGGGUUCUACAUGUACAUCGAGACCUCGCGCCCCAGGCUGGAAGGAGAGAAGGCCCGACUCGUUAGCCCUGUUUUCAGCGUCGCUCCAAAAAAUCCCUACGGAGCUACGAACACAGCCUAUUGUUUCAGCUUCUACUAUCACAUGUAUGGACAGCACAUAGGAAGCUUGAACGUUUACCUGCGGUUGAAAGGGCAGACGGCGAUAGAGAACCCCUUGUGGUCUUCAAGUGGAAAUAAGGGACAGCACUGGAACCAAGCUCGUGUUAAUAUAAACCCCCCGACUUCAUUUCAGCUCAUAUUUGAAGGGAUCCGGGGCCCUGGCAUCGAAGGUGAUAUUGCUAUUGACGAUGUAUCGAUUGUGGAAGGAGAGUGUAUGAAAUCAGACCAACCAGCCAACAAUUUACGAUCAGGUGCUGUUGGGACAUUAGCGCAUAUACGACUUAUCCCAGUUAUCAUCCUCAUGUCUGUCUUAAGUCAUCAGAGGUGACCUUAUCCUGGCAGAGGCUACAAAAGAUUCACCAGGCACUGGCAUGAAGAAAGAGUCUUUGUAAAAUGGACAUCUAAAAACAAACUACCAAAGAUUCCUCCACUGACUGACUCAAAAGUUAAAUAAAUACAUAAAUAAAUAAAAAAAAAAAUUAAUUAAAAAGCACUGGGGACAUAAAAAGGCAUCACAGGAGUGUAACUCACUAUGAACCAUGCGUGAGAACGAGAUCUGGCCUAAGUAAGGAAGAGACCUUCAGGUGCUUUUGUGGUCAAUAAUGAAUACAGCAUCAUCUGGUUGAACUCUCGGAAAAGAGCUAUAGAAACCCUUGUCAAAGCACAAAGUCAUGGCUGGUUUUGUUUCAAAUGAAUAGUUUGCUUGUUACCAUGGAAACCUAAUGGCCUGCCAAGAAAAAAAAAAAAAAAAGAAAAAAGGAAGGAGAGAGAGAGGAAAUAAAAACAAAAGCAGAGAGAGAGAGAGAAACACCUCACUGUAAACAGGGUAUGUGAAGAGCUGGCAUUCAUUUUCCCUUCGAGAAGGUUUUUAGUGUAGAGUUAAAUAAACGUAGGCCCUUUCUACUUUGGCUGUCACCUCCCCUAGAGAAUAACCCUAAAUCAGAGCUGUUUUAAGACAUUUAUGUUUCAUUUCUCAUGGCUAUGCUUGAUAACUGUAUGCUGUCUCCUUUUUGCAUGCAUUACUAUCCAGGAUGUGCGACCUGGGCUUACAUAUUACACAGGCUUAUCGGAGUUUGCUUGCGGCCACUCGAACACCCCUCUCCCCUCCCCAACUAAGUCAUCUGUUCUAAUGAAGUGAAGAAACCAAACCACCGUCUUUUAUAAAUUGCCAUGGAAACCAAGUGCCUUCAAUGAAACAAGCCUGAUUUAAAAAAAAAUAAUAAUAAAAAAAAAAGUAAAAAAAAAAAAUAAAAAUAAAAAAUGAUAAUAAUAGUUUCAACACAGAAGCUUGCACUGCUAAAAUGUGGUUUGUGCAAACUCUUUUCUAAACAAACUACAGAGCCUGGGUGUGCAGACUGCAGGCAAGGAGACGGAGCCGCUUCUGGAGAUGGAUGGACCUAAGCUGCUGCGUAAGCCCUUUCGGAUGAGAUGUUUGUUGUUUAUAAACCUUCCAGACAGCCAUGGCCUUUCAGCUUCUUAUCCAUUAGAAAAUAGCUUCCGUUGGUCCUGGAAAAUGGGAGCAGCACUCCUUUUUUUUUUUUUUUUUUUUUUUUUUGGUUGUUGUUGGUUUUUUUUUUUCAGGUUACCAAGUGGGUCAACCAGAGGAAAAGGUUUGUUAAGAUACACUUAGUGCAGAAGGUGGUAAAACACAGAAGUGAUUUUCUUACUCUGACUUCCGUUGGCAAAGGCAGCCGGCCCCGGGGCCAGCGGGAUGGGGAGGUGUGUGCUGGGAUGGGGGGGACACCCAAAAACACCCCCAAAGCCCCCAGCAAACCCCCGGGGCUGGCUGAGCUCCCAGGGUGCUGUGCCUCUGCCCUGCAGCCAGACUCCGAGCAGAUGGCAAAAGAUUAUUUUGUUAUUGUAGCGAAAUUAAAGAAAAAAUAAUAAUAAUAAUAAUAAUUAAAAAAAAUUCCACUUUUACAACAACAACAAAAAAAAAUAAAAUAGGAAAGCUGUACAAAUGGUUUGGAUCUACCCGAACGCCUACCGUCAGCCAGCCGGUUUUCCACUGCAUUGUAAACUUCCCUUACAGUUGGUUAUGACAAUUUGAAGACCUUUUUCCUUAAAUUAUCUCAGCUUUUAACUUCAUUUCAAAAAAAAAAAAAAAGACUUUUGUCUAAAGAAGAGUAUUGUUAUUAUUAUAAUUAUUAUUAUUAUUAUUCUGUGUUCUCUCGACACCCUAAAAAAAAAACCUGAUAUGCAAGUAAUUGGAGUACAAACAUGAAAACAAACAAAGAGACAAGUAUAAUAUUUGCAAAUAUGAGUAUAAAAAGCACAACGAGAUGCAGUAAAACAAUGACAAGGCUUGAUUUUUUUUAUUCUGUAGAGAAAUGUUUGUGCAAAUUCAGUAAUUCAACUGAAGAGAUAAUUUUACAGCUAUGUUCAAUAAAGCCUCUUUCCAGGUAAGGUA